AUGGGAGAAGGACCUGCUAGUCCAACUGUGACCAGCAGAACUGAUGAAGCUGCUCCUGCUGUUGCACCUGGUAAUCUCUCAGCUCCACCAGCCAAUCAAAGUGAACCCACAUCAGUGACAUUAUCAUGGGACCCUAUUCCAUUUGAUGAACAAAAUGGAGACCUGAUAUACAUAGUCAGUAUUGUUGCUUUAGCUCCAUUUGCUCAAUAUAGUUUUAAUGUCACUGGCCAGACUAGUGCUGGUCAAGGACCAACAUCUCCAUCUGUACCUUUUGCUACUCCUGAGGGAAGACUUGGAUAUAGUCGUGAAGCUCUUGGUUUCUUUAUGUCACUGAUCAUCCUUUUAAUAAUAGUGGGUGUGGUCGCAGUUAUUGUCUUCAUUGUCUAUCGCAAAUACAAAUACCGAAUUUAUGAUCUUGUGAAGAGAAAUGGUUCAAGUAGAGAAAUGGACAUUAUCAAUGCUGGUGGUAGCGUUGUCAUAGUUAAUCCACCAGUAACUGACGAUCAUUCUCGUGUGAGACUGAGAGAAAUAAAGAACGUUCCUGGAUCAGAUUAUAUUAAUGCAAAUUACAUUGAUGGUUAUCAAAAACCAAAUGCAUUUAUUGCCUCUCAAGGACCAGUUCCUCACUCUAUCAACGAUUUCUGGAGAAUGAUCUGGGAACAGAAUUCAGCCAUUAUCGUUAUGUUGACUAACUUGGAAGAGAAAGGAAGAAUCAAAUGUCAUCUCUAUUGGCCUUCACCAGAUAAAAGGGUUGCUGUUUAUGGACAAAUAAGAGUCCAAUUACAAGAGGAGUUAUCACUUACUGAUCACACUGUUCGUACAUUUUCUCUUCAACAUGAAGGCUCCUCUGAUGAGAGAAUUGUGAAGCAACUUCACUUUACUGCUUGGCCAGACUUUGGUGUUCCUGAACAUCCUACUCCACUACUUCGUUUUGUUCAUAAAGUGUCUAAUGCUAAUCCAGAUGCUGGGUCAAUGAUAGUUCAUUGCAGUGCUGGUGUGGGUCGUACAGGAACAUUUGUUUCAAUUCUCUCUCUAAAACGCAUUCAAGAUCAACAAACUAUUGACAUCUUUAACUUUGUUCAAUCAAUGAGAUUUAAUCGAUGUUUUAUGGUUCAGACUGAAGCUCAAUAUAUUUUCAUACACGAUGCUUUGUUAGAGUUUUUGGAGUGCGGAGAAACUGAGGUUUCUGCUAGGGACCUCAAAGAACAAUAUCGACGGUUAGGAGAUAUUAUUGAUAAAGAAGGCAAGACAUUACUGGAAAAUGAGUUUGAAAAGAUUCAAUCAACCAUACAUUCUGAACCUAUUAUAUUUGCUGGUACACAAUCAGUUAACAGACAAAAGAAUCGUUAUGCUAAUGUCAUGCCUUUCGACAAGACUCGAGUUAAACUAACCAUUAUUCCAGGUAUUGAUGGUUCUGAUUACAUUAAUGGGAAUUUUAUUGAGGGGUAUCUUAGGAAGGCAUUUAUUGCUACUCAAGGUCCUCUUCCUGAUACAACUGAUGAUUUUUGGCGUAUGGUCUGGGAACAUAAAUGUGCUUCAAUCAUUAUGUUAGCAAAUGAAAGGGAAGGAAGUAAAGCUAUGUGUCAUAAAUAUUGGCCUGAUUCAGGUACUCAAAUGUAUGGGGCUUUUGAGGUUACCAUGCUUCCUGUAAAAGACUAUCCUGACUACACUUUAAGAGAAUUCAAGAUUGUAGAUAGCAGAGAUGCCGAAGGAAGCAGUCAACAUGUUAAACAGUUCCAAUAUACUAGUUGGCCAAGUCAAGGUGUUCCUCAUACAGCCGUGGGUCUAUUAGAUGAAGAACAAGUUGAAAAGUGGCAGAGGAACUCUGGAGAUAAGCCAAUUGUUGUACACUGCAGUGGUGGGUGUGGUCGAACAGGUACUUAUAUUGCUAUUUGCUUAUUAAUUGAUCGUCUUAAAAUGGAGGGUGUGGUUGAUGUAUUUCAAACUGUAAGAGCACUUCGAUUACAAAGACCUGGAAUGGUUCGCUCAGUGGACCAAUAUGAGUUCUGUUAUAAAUCAGUGUUAGAAUAUCUUGGAUCAUUUGAUACCUACGCUAACUUUAGUUUAUGA